GGUGGCUGGGGCCAGGCGCUUGUUAAAUUAUCCACUUCUACUCCUUUUGAUUCGUAUGACCAGUUAUUCAUCAUUCGUGGUGUGGUUUGUAUUUUGGAUGUAACUUUUUUUACCUUUUAAAUUCAGAAAUGUUAUCUAAAACUGCUUAUGUUGCUGCAGGAGUAUGUGGAACAUUGUUCAUUGGCUACUGCAUUUAUUUCGACAGGAAAAGGAGGAGUGAUCCAAAGUUUAAACAAAAUUUAAGAGAUAAACGAGCAAAAGCACUUUUAAUGAAAGAACAAGCUAGAAGAAAUGCUUCCAAGAUACCAGAAUUAAAAGAUUAUGAAUCUGUACAAAAAUUCUUCAUUCAAGAAGUACAACUUGGUGAAGAGCUUUUGGGACAAGGUGACAUUGAAAAUGGUAUUGAGCAUCUAAGUACAGCACUGGCUAUUUGUGGAGACCCAUCACAUUUAAUUGAUGUUUUAGAGCAACAAUUACCUCCUCAAAUUUUUGCCUUGUUGAUGCAAAGAUUACCUGCUGUCAGCCAGAAACUGGUUUCUACAUUAGCUGGCAGACGCAUGCAAGAUGAAGAUGUUGAAUAGUCAUUAUUGUAGCAUAGAUUUUAUUUUUGUGAUCAUCUGCUAGGCAAUAAAGACUGAUAUGUAACAUGUUUAUGGACAAGCAUCAAAAUUGUACAUACUACAAAGUGGCAAAUGUGCACGAUACAUUAAAAAUAUGUCAAAAGUA